UUCUCAUCCUAGUUAAUAUUUUAUUCACACAAUCUAACAAACACGCCAAUAACCUUACCACGUGCUAUUCACACACACACAUACUCCUUCACCAACCUUAAACUCUUUCUUUUUUCCUCAUAAAUAAACAUCAUUCACAUGACCAACGUUCACUCCCCUCACUAAACAUCACAUAUAAACAUCCACCCAAUAAUGUUCUAAAUUGCAAUCUGCAACCAUUCAUCGCUUGUCGCAUUUGUCUCUGAUUUUCUAUUACUAUGGCUGAAUCACAGAGUCGUGAUGGUGGUCCCGGAACUAGGCGUAGUAAAGGCGCCAAUGCUGCAAAGCGAGCCAUUGCAGGAGCGACGACGCAAGAUGUAUCGGUUGUAGCGCCUUGUGGGGCGUGUAAGUUCUUGAGGAGGAAGUGUAGUGGUGGAUGCAUUUUUGCACCUUACUUUGGUACAGAUCAAGGUGCGGCUAGGUUUGCGGCUGUGCACAAGGUGUUUGGUGCUAGCAAUGUGUCGAAGCUUUUGGCCAAUAUUCCGACUGAACACCGCCAAGAAGCAGCGGCGACUAUAUCCUAUGAGGCUCAGGCUAGGCUAUCGGAUCCGGUUUAUGGUUGUGUGUCCACUAUUCUUGCUUUGCAGCAACAGGUGGCAGCAAUGCAAGCAGAGGUUUCUAUGAUGCAAUCUCAACUGAUGAAUAGCAGAUACGCAUAUGCGAGUACUCUUCAAACCACGCACCAGCAGCAGCAUCAAAUACUACAGCAACCAACCUUCAAUGUAUCUGUGCAACCGGCAUAUUCCAACAACUCAUCUGCUUCGACCAACAACCUCGUGAACAUGAACAAUUUCAACCAUGGUUUUGAUCUCACAAUGGAGACAGCACCUUCAUCUCAGAGCUUAGAGCCUUUUCAUAACUCAAGGUUGUCCCAUUAUGAGGAUGAUGAUUAAGAAAGAAAGCAUGAUUCAUCAAUAUUACUUCACUGUCAUCACUGAGUUUCCAUUUUUUGUUUCUUUUGUUACAUCCUUAUACCCGGAACAUUUUCUCAAAAAUCUAGCUUAUACCAUAUCCUAAAUCCUAGCUAGCAUCAAGCUAUUGAAUCAAAUUGAAUAAAUCUUAUAUGAGCAAACAUAAGAUAGUAAAUUUCAUCACUAAUGAAGAAUGCCUCAGUUGGAAUCACUGGAAGAUAAUUAUAUACAUGCAACUAUGGCUCAACAUAAAGUUAUCAAUAAUUAAAUAACACUUCCGCAACUGUUACGAAGAUA